GUAAGCUGCGAACAGGAGGCAGCAGGGCGCAUGCGCCGUGUAGUUGACACGUCGGAAGGCACUCUAGGGAGAUCUGGGCUGUGUCCUGUGUUCUUGAUAAAUAUUGAUAUUUAUACAUAAACCACAAUGCCGCUGCGUUUAGAUGUAAAGCGGAAGCUAACAGCACGGUCUGAUCGUGUAAAAUCGGUUGACCUCCAUCCAACAGAACCAUGGAUGUUGGCUUCGCUCUAUAAUGGCAAUGUUCAUGUUUGGAAUAUUGAGAGCCAACAGCUUGUUAAAAGUUUCGAGGUAUGUGAUCUUCCAGUCAGAGCAUCAAAAUUUGUGGCUCGCAAAAAUUGGGUCGUGACUGGCUCAGAUGAUAUGCAAGUACGUGUGUUCAAUUACAACACACUUGAACGUGUUCACCAGUUUGAGGCUCACUCGGACUAUGUUAGAUGUAUUGCUGUUCAUCCAACUCAGCCAUUCAUCUUGACUUGCAGUGAUGACAUGACAAUAAAGCUGUGGAAUUGGGACAAGAAGUGGUCUUGUCAGCAAGUGUUUGAAGGACAUUCACAUUAUGUCAUGCAGAUUGUCAUCAAUCCCAAGGACAACAACACUUUUGCUUCUGCAUCACUGGACCGUACUGUUAAGGUGUGGCAGCUAGGCUCAUCGCAGCCCAACUUUACUCUUGAGGGUCAUCAGAGAGGAGUAAACUGUGUUGAUUAUUAUCAUGGCGGUGACAAGCCAUACCUCAUCUCCGGUGCAGAUGACAGUCUUGUCAAGAUCUGGGAUUACCAAAACAAGACGUGUGUGCAGACACUGGAGGGACACUCGCAGAAUGUUUCAUCAGUGUCAUUUCACCCGGAGCUGCCCAUUAUCCUGACGGGUUCCGAGGACUGCACAGUGAGAGUGUGGCAUGCCAACACUUACCGCCUGGAGAACACCCUCAACUAUGGCUUGGACCGAGUGUGGUGUAUCUGUGCUCUAAAAGGAUCCAAUAAUGUUUGCUUUGGUUAUGAUGAGGGAAGUGUAAUGGUGAAGCUCGGACGUGAAGAACCAGCCAUGUCAAUGGAUGUUAGUGGCAAGAUUGUUUGGGCUCGCCAUUCUGAGAUCCAGCAGGCAAAUCUAAAGGCUAUGGGCGAUGCAGAAGCCCAGGAUGGAGAACGACUGCCUCUAGCAGUUAAGGAUCUAGGUGCAUGCGAUAUAUAUCCUCAAACCAUUGCACAUAAUCCUAAUGGAAGGUUUGUGGUGGUGUGUGGUGAUGGAGAGUAUAUCAUCUACACUGCUAUGGCUCUGAGAAAUAAGGCAUUUGGUCCUGCCCUGGAAUUUGUGUGGGCACUGGAUUCUUCUGAAUAUGCCAUUAGAGAGUCCAACUUUAGUGUCAAACUCUUCAAAAACUUCAAGGAGAAAAAGUCUUUCAAGCCAGACUUUGGGUGUGAAGCUAUAUAUGGUGGCUAUCUUCUGGGAUGUCGCUCCAGCACAACAGGUCUUGCAUUUUAUGAUUGGGAAACUCAAGAACUGGUGCGACGGAUUGAGACCCAGCCUCGCCAAGUAUUUUGGUCGGAAAAUGGUGAUUACGUCUGCAUUGCUACGGAUGAAAACUACUUCAUUCUCAAAUACUGUGCUGAUGCUGUUACAAAUGCAAGAGAAAAUAAAGAAGGCCUGACAGAGGAUGGUAUUGAAGAUGCAUUUGAUCUUGUUGGUGAGGUUCAAGAAAUUGUGAAGACAGGGAAGUGGGUUGGCGACUGUUUUAUUUACACCAACUCGGUGAACAGACUAAAUUAUUAUGUUGGUGGUGAGAUUGUUACAAUAGCUCAUCUGGAUAGGACUUUGUACCUAAUUGGCUACAUUCCUAAAGACAACAGAUUGUAUCUUGGUGACAAAGAGCUAAAUGUUGUGUCCUACGAAUUACUGGUGUCUGUUCUGGAGUACCAGACUGCCGUUAUGCGACGUGACUUUGAUACUGCUGAUCGUGUACUUUCCACAAUACCUCCUGCUCACCGAACACGUGUGGCUCAUUUCUUGGAAAAGCAAGGUUUCAAGAAACAAGCUCUUGCUGUAUCUACAGACCCAGAGCACAAAUUUGAUCUAGCCUUGAGUUUGGGUGAAUUAGACGUGUGUCAUCAGCUGGCAAUAGAAGCAGGCUCGGAGCAUAAGUGGCGACUAGUGGCAGACCUGGCCCAGCAGCGAGGUGAUUUACAAACUGCACAGACUUGCCUUCUUCGUGCUCAUGAUUACCCAGGAUUAUUGUUACAAGCUACAGCCUCUGGUAAUGCAACAUUAAUUCGAGAAGUGGGCAAAGAAGCUGAGGGCCAGGGCCGAAACAAUGUGGCAUUCCUUUCUCACUUUCUCACUGGAAAUCUUAAGGAAUGUCUAGAGUUACUCAUAAAGACCAACAGAGUUCCUGAGGCAGCAUUUUUUGCAAGAACCUAUUUACCAAGUGAAAUGUCUCGUGUUGUGGGCUUGUGGAAAGCAGCAGCUGGGGAGAAGAUUGGGCAGAGUUUGGCAGAUCCAGCACAGUAUGACAACUUGUUCCCAGGCCUCAAAGAUGUGGUGAAGACUCAGCGGUUCCUCGAAAAGCAGUCACGUCCCAUUCCUGCUGCAUCAGCUGCUUCUGUUCCUGGUAAUCAUGAACGUAAUCCUUUAGAAGAGAUGCGUGCAGCUGAAGCAGCGGGAACUUUCGUAUAUGUAGCACCAGAUGAAGAUUCAGAGUUUGUUGAUGCUCCACAGCAGCCACCAGCACCAAGUAUACAAAAUCUACCAGAAGAUGAACCAAUGAAUCCCUCUGCCUCUUCUGAAACACAUACUGCUGCUUUAUUCUCUCUCAUGUCAUCACCACCGCAACACUCUGCCGUCUCUCGGGAAUUGCUCCUGCCUACACAUGCUAUGCCAGCCCCAUCUGUCUCUCCUGGUCCAGAUUUGAUUAACGAAGAAAUCCUAGCAAGAAUUGGCCAAGAGCAUGAUGGUGAAGAUCAGUAUAUUUCAAAGACAAACAGAAAAAUAGAUAAAAUGAAUGAUGGAAGUCCUUUACGUGAGGAUAAUACUCAUACUUUUAAUGUUGAGGAUGAUGAGACUGUAUUGAAACUAGAAGAGAGUGAAACAGGAUACAAGGAUAAUUCUGAUAUCUUGGUGGCAGAAGACAGCAACAUGCCAUUACCUGACGAUGAUAUCUUUGUUUCGGAAAAUGAUAAUGAUGUCCCAGUAGCAGAAAACAAAGAGAGGUUCCUAGUAUUGGAAGAAGAGAGAGAGGUUGGAGCAGCUGCAGCAUCAGCAUCCAGUUCUGUAGUCCAUUCGAGGAACCUAUUAGGAUGGGAUGAAGACGAAGUGGAAGACUGGGGUUUGGAGCAAAUGAAAGAUACGCUAGUUCGGCAAGCUGUGUUUGACAGUCGCUUUGAAGAUGUUACUCUUCAGCAACAAGUUGAAAACUGGACCCCAAAAUCCUAUGAGGGAAGCCCCCCAUUGAUUGACUUCGCCUUUAAGGAGGUACAAGCUUUAUCCUCCCCUGGAUUGAUCUUAGGCAUGGCUGAAUCUAGAGCAGGCACCUUGGUGAGAACUGAGCAAGAUUCUCCAUGGCAGCAACUUGAGUUAAGCGUAACUUCAGUAGAUAGAGAGAGAGAGAACUAUAUAAUUCAGAGCGAGAUGCAGAAUUUAGGUGCAAGUGCUAGACCAACAAUAGACCAAGCACAGCUGGAACGUGAAUUGGAACUGGAUCUUGAAAAAGUACGCAUUGAGGACAACAUUGACCCUAAUGAUCUGAAUCUGGAUGAAGAGGAGCUGCUAGCCGAUUAAGUGAUAAGAUUGUCCAAUAGUUUUUGUUAAAAGUACAUAGUAUCUACAUUAGUUUUUGUUACCGCAAGUACAUAGUAUCUCCAUUAGGUUUUUGUUAUUGCAAGGACAUGGUGUAUAUAGAAAGAUUUCCACACAGUUCACUAUUUUGGUUGACUUGAAUUUAUUGUUGUAUUUAGUCUUAAACCAGGAAUGGAUGCAUUUUAUUCAUAAUGUUUGUGUGUAUUUUCUGUGCUAUCAGGAAAUUUCUUGAAAAUGAGUCAGACAGUGGUUAAGAAUAUAAUUAUUAUUAGAUAAAUGGACAUUAUGUAGUUAUGUAGUGUUGAAUAUUUUCUAUUGUUUUUAAAGUGAACUUAUCAUGAGCAAAUUUACAUUCUAAAUUUAUUUAUGAAAUUAAAUCUUAAGAGCCUUCCUAUACUUUUGUACAUUCAGAAAAUGGGAAAUAAAUUUAUCAGUACA